CAGUCAGAGGCGGUGGUUCGAUAGAGAUAGCGAAUCGUUCUUUGGAGACUCGAAGCGAAUUUCGAUAAGCUCGUCUCUUCGAUUCGAUUCGAUUCUAGGGUUCUUGUCUGGUUUUGCUCGGAGACUGCUUGAGUUUCACGUCUUUGCUGUUAUUCCUGGAGAAGAAUCAACAUUAGGGAUUGUGAAUUUGGUCGUAAUCUGGCGACAAUCUUAAUUGUGAACCCUAAAAUUAAAGCGACUACCUUUUCGUUCCAUUCCUUUUGAAUGUUUGAUUCAUUGUAUAUAGGUUGUUACUGAAGAAUACAGGAGUUGAACUCUAAUGGGUGAGUCUGCUGGAUCGAGCAGUUCAUGGGCUGCAAUCAGUUCUUCCAACAUUGGGUUUCAGCUCCUGAAGAAGCAAGGCUGGAAGGAAGGCACUGGUCUUGGAGUCGCUGAACAGGGUAUAUUGGUGCCAGUUCAAGCAGAGCUGAAAAAUAACAAACGAGGACUGGGUGCUCCGGCUGAAAAACCAACCAAGAGAAAAGCAGUGAAAGCUGCAGAUUCUGGAAAGGAGGAAGAAGUCUCUAAGCAAUCCAAGAAACUCUCAAAGAAAAUGCGGAAGUUGAUGGAGCACGAAAAACAGUUGCAAGAAAAGGAAUUUGAACGAGCCUUCUUCAGGGAGUUCUGGCCUGAUAAUGUAUAAGAUUGAUGCCCGAAAAUUGUAUAUGCUAGUCUUAGAACUCAUCUUUUGAGGCAUUGUUCCUUCAACCAAAAACUCUUCGACUUCAA